AUGUCACAAGCUAGUGGUGUAGCUUCUAGGCUAGUACCUUUGGCUACUUUUGCAUUAAACUCCAGCCUUGCACUGUAUGAGACAGUAGUAGGCUUUCAAUCACUUCCUAAACAUGUUCGUGACUUGCUACAGGAGCUUGAAUUUUUAAUAGCAGAACUCGAUAUUCUUGACAAAUUAGUUCAAAUCACAGCUCAAGAAGAUCUUACUUUGCUUGAUCUUCCAUUAAAAAGAUGUGGAAGUGCCUGUAAAGAUUUUGAACAGGAAAUCGCAAAACUUAUAUCAAACUAUGGUGAAAACCAGAUAAGUUUUCAUGACUGGGCAAAUCUGAGAUAUAUGGGCGAUAAUAUUGAUGGUUUUAGACGGCUUCUGGCAGUGUAUAAGCAAACAAUCAAUAUCGCUGUUACCAACGCAAGUCUUCGCAAAUCUUCCGUCACCACCGAAACUCUUGAAGCCUAUAAAGAGCUUAUCAAAUUUGCAGAAAGCGACCUUGAAGAAAAUCUUAAAAAUAUCAAUGAUAAACUUGAGCAUAUUUCUGAGGAAAAUGCUUCUGUAUCUGACUUGGAGAAUACAGAGCUUUAUACAGAGCUUCAUACGAUGAAAGAAGAGCGGUUAAGCGCGGAGAAAUGCUUGAAAAUAUACACAAAUCUAUCUGAGAACAUCGCUCAAGUUGAGCUCAACCCCCAAGAUAAUAGCAGUUCUUUUGGUUAUACCAACUUGAAUACUAUAUCUGAAAUUCAUACUAAAGAAGGCUUACAGGGAUGCAAAAAUGGCUUAGCUAUUACAACUGCAAGACUGGAAAAGUACAGACAGGAUGUACUAGCUUGGUUAUUAGUCUUACUAGGAAAAGGCUUAGGAUCUCAAAAAGAUCAAGAUCUGGCAGUCUUGACCAGACUACGUGAUGAAUGGGAAGCAGUACAACAGUGUAUUAAUAUGUGCUCAAAAGCAGAUAGUCAUUUGAAAAACGAUAUCAUGACUACUGAAAAUUAUGGCACAGGUGAUGUUUUACAAUUUGUAUUCUGUACCAGUGAUAUGAUUAUACAUGGCAGAAUUCAAGGCUUUGGUUGGAAGACAAGGCGGGUUGGAGGUUGUCUCAACAAUAAUUUGCUGCAAGAAAUGUCCCGGAAUAUGACUACAAUCAACAUCCGCGAGCCUGCAAAUAGUGAACUAUCAUCUCAACAUAGUCUAGUUGCAACUGCGGGAGCGAAAAUCGGUCACGAUAUACCAACGGAAGAACUGAGUGCUGUGCUACGAUGCCUUCAGCUACUCUACCGCAAGCGUGGACAUAAAUCUCUUGGUGCUGGUAAAUUUUCUUGCCUAUCUUUGAUGCAGGACUGA